CUUAAGUUUGACACCAUGCACUACACCACUUGUCCAAGUCAUUGUCAGGGAAUGUGCUUUUUUUUUUAAGAACUGUUGCAAAAUUAACAACCAUACAUGUGUAAAGAUGUGUCAGCAGUGAAUUACUACUCCAAUGGGUUUGUGGGUGUAUGAAUGAGUAAUAAUCAAUGUGAUUGGCUGGAACAGAGGACCCCCAAAAUCCAAUUUUGCUAAGGGUCACGUGGCGGCCUGGUUUCAUAUGAAAAAAUGGUGGCGUUUUCUACUGUUGUACUCACUAACACAGAUUUGAACACAUUUACAAAGCAGAUUUCAGGGAAUAAAAACGUGUGUUAUUUAAAUGGGAUGUAUUGUCCUGACUUGUUCGUGUUUGGUUAAGUAGCCUAUAAAAAAACCCUCUGGAUGCCUUUGCCCAAACAAUUAAGUGUACACUACAAGUGUAAUGUCGGUGUGUUUUGUUGUUGUUGUUGUUGGGCUUUCCCUUGAAGGCAUUUCUGCAACGGCGUCUUCUCCUCAGCGCGUACCUGCAUGGCGACACUUCAGCACCAUGGAGAGCAACCCUCGCCAACGCCGUCUGCUGAAACCAAUCGGCGGUCCGAAAGUGCAGCACAAGCUCUGUUUGGCAUUUCGACUCGAGCCGCCAAAUAUUCUGCUCGCCAAUUUGCGAUCGUGUUACUGCGGCACACCGUAAAGAGGGGAAGAGGGAGGUGGGAUGCGGGCUUUCCCUUAUACGCUCGUCCAUCUUCGAGCUACUGCAGAGUUGGCUCCGAGAUGCGUCUCGAGCUUUUAUUCGGUUACCUCGAGCUCUAGCUGCUGUCGUUAGCGAGGUACUCCACGCCCCGUCACUAUUUAUCGACCGCCGAUCGGCAUCAUGUCUCCUCCGGCGUCGGCUGCGACUGCCAGCGAAAGCAGCACGACCACCACCGCCGUGUUUGAGGAGGACACCAGAGAGGAGCAAAAACCCCUCAAGCAAUCUCUGAGGAAGUCAAUAUGUCGGGAGAGUUUCUGGAAAUGCCUGCUCCUGUCCGUUCUUAUGUACGGCUGCAUGGGAGCCAUGGUUUGGUGUCACGUCACCGAGGUGACCCGCCUCACCUUUGACAGCGCAUUCAAAGGGAAAUCCAUGAUGUACCACGACAGUCCCUGCUCUGAUGGCUACAUAUAUAUUCCUCUAGCCCUACUGGGCAUGCUUUACUUGGUCUACCUGGUGGAAUGCUGGCACUGUCACGUGCAGAACGAGCUGCAGCACAAAGUCGACGUGGAGGGCAUUUACGAGCGAAUCCAGAGGAUGCAGCAAGCCAAACCUUGCAUCUGGUGGAAGGCCAUCAGUUACCACUACGUGCGUCGCACCCGGCAAGUCACACGCUACCGCAAUGGGGACGCGUACACCAGUACUCAAGUUUACCACGAGCGAGUCAACACUCAUGUGGCGGAAGCCGAAUUUGAGUACAGUCACUGCGGAGUGAAAGACGUCUCCAAACAGCUGCUCAGCCUGGAGAAGUCUGCCCUCACAAAGAUGCGUUUUACCAAGUGUUUUAGCUUUGCCAACGUUGAGUCUGAGAAUUCGUACCUCACGCAGCGAGCAAGAUUUUUCACUGACAACGAAGGCCUCGACGACUAUAUGGAAGCCAGGGAGGGCAUGCACCUGAAAAACAUUGACUUGAAGGAAUAUAUCAUAGCUAUGUCUGACCCCGAGCACCACCCCUGGUAUCUGUCCCAUUAUGUCUUCUGGUUCGCCUCAUUCCUCACCUUCUCAUGGCCUCUACGAGUGUUCAUUGAGUAUCGCACCGCAUAUGUCCACUAUCGCGUCGAGAAACUCUUCGGACAUGAUUACAUUCCAGUGACACCGUGUGAGGACAGGCCAUAUUGGCGACGUAUCCCCCGCGUCAACACAAUUGACAGUACGGAAUUGGAGUGGCACAUUCGGUCCAACCAGCAGUUGGUUCCAAGUUACUCAGAGGCAGGCCUCAUAGAUCUAGCCCAGUGCCCCUCCACCUUCAGUGGCAUUCGUCAGAAUUGUGAGCGCUGCCACAGGGCCAUCAGUUGCUCCUCAGUGUUCUCCAGAAGUGCCCUCAGCAUCUGUACAGGAGCCAGCUCCAGAAUCCCCUUCAGCGGCAGUCGAUUCUCCCUGGCUCGACGCUACGGAUCACAAAGGAGCUGCUUUUGGAGGAGCGGAAGUUUAGACGACCAGGAGAGUCCCAGCGAAAACACCCGCUGCCUGUCAGAACGCCUCAACACAGACGACGAAGAACCCCCAGACUAUGACGACGCGCUGUGCUACCCGGUGCUCAUUGUCCACUGCAGCGAAAACUGCCACAACCACAGGUCCUUCCACAGAAACGGCUCUUGUGUGGAGACUUCACUGUGACCGUGCUAAAAAAAAAAAAAAAAAAAUCAAGAAUAUCUGUAGCAUACAAACACUUGGCUGCAUGUGAGAUAUACAAACAAAUGCAGAAAUCCUGAAUGUGUGAAUCACCAAAGCAAUAAGUGUGAUUAAUGAUAUGUGAAACCUCUGCGCGGACAAAGACUGUUAACACUGCACAUCGUUGCCAUAGCUUUUACGAUCUUGACAUAUAAAAGUGGCGCUGCAGUUACCUCACAAGAGCUGGACUCGAAAAAAUGGACACGUCUAAAAGUGGUCAUUGAAAUAUGUGUAACAAAUGCAUCAUGAGUGACAAGUCACUUGGCAACUUUGAUGAGUUUCAUAUUCCAUAGUCGACCUAUUUCUAAGGACAGCAAUAACUGCAAAAACCUAAGUAGGAUCAUCUCAAGUGGAAGGUAAAAUGGAAAAUAUCAAUUGAAUAUAUUAGUUGCACUGAUGCAUAUCAAACGCAGCAGAAUGAAACCCGAAUCUAUGCCACACAAUACACGCCGCUAGCUGUUAUUUUCAGUUCAUUUAUUUAUUCAUGUGUUGGUGACGUUUCAUAAUCUGUCAAGCCAUUCAGUUUCCGUAUCGCUUUUCCUCAUUUAGCGUCACGGGUCCCAACUGAUUUCGGGCAAGAGGCGGGGUACACCCGAGACUGGUCGCCAGCCAAUCAUAGGGCACAUAUAGACAAACAACCAUUCACAAUCUCAUCCGCACAAGGACAAUUUAAAGGCUUCACCUGACUGAAAACUGUUUUUGGGCCUGGGGGACGAAGCCGGAGUCCCCAGAGAAAACCAAUGGGAAGAGCAUGCAAACUCCACUCUUGAGAGAUUCAAACCAUCCUCACUGUGACGUCAUGCCACCGUGCUGCCUACUUAUUCUAAUCACAGGAGGGGACAUUUUAUCUACACUCUGCUGCAUAUUUUGUUGUACACCACACAAUGAAGCAGAUCACACAAAUUGAUUUUUUAAACAUCUUUUUCAGACUUUUACAUUGCUCAGAAUGUUUUUUUUUUGCCAGCAGCGCUUGUCCUCAUGAGGUUCGCGGGUGAGCUGUAGCCUAUCCCAGCUGACUUAGAGCAAGAGACCGACUACAUCCUGGACUGAUCGCCAGCCAAUCGCAGAACACACUCUAGUACACUGAAGUCAAAAUUCUGUUUGCUCAAUAUGAUUCUGAAAAUCUCUUUCAGUUUGACUGUUAUUUUUCCAUGCCCACAAUUGCAUAAUUAUGUCCCAACGCAGCGCGUUGAAGAAGCAUAACUGAAUGUGAGCCACCAGCGUACAUUAUGUAGUCCCGUACCAACUAUGUAGCUUAGUAAGGAACAGUUCAUGCAAACGUCACAACAUCUCCGGAAGAGCUUUCCCCACCUCUUUCAACUACAGUUUACAUACAAUUACAGUAAUGCAAAGAUGUUAGUGCACUUAUGUUUACACACUUGGUACACCAUAGACAUUUUAUAAUAUUGAUUUUUUUUAAAUUAUGUAACAGGUGAACAUAGUCUAGCAAAUAUCUAGUUCACAACAAUGUAGUCAAACCAGUAUUAUGCACUUGAAAUUACAAGACUAUAAAUUGUGAUGCUGAAUGUUGAUGUAAAUGUAUAAAAAAAUUAUAAAUAAUAAUAUAAUAAAUGAUAAUAUAAUAAUAUAUAAAUAAAUAAUGAGGUACUAUUAAGAUGACACACUAAAAGGCAUAACACAUAACGAAUCAAAUUUGUUACUUAUUGUACAAAAGUUGUAUUAUUGUUGUCCUAAUAUUCCAAUGACUGUAUAAAAAGGUGAUUAUGUUUACAAAUAUGUAAUCAACCAUCCUAUGCUGGAAAAUAAUAUCUGCAAUAAAUGUCAGUACAAGCCCA